UUCCUUUUCUCUUCACGUUGGAAAGAAAAAGAAAAAAAAUGAAUCGUGCAAGAAGCUCAGCUAAAAAGAGGCCAAUUGCUUGAGAUAGUCUUAAGAACGGACUGUGGAUACCGGCUUGAAAGGAAAAAUUUCAAGUUAGCUAACCAUAUGUUUACAUACAAGUUAAUUCUAUAUAUAUUCUAUAUUGAAGAACUGAAUCGAAAAAAAGUGUCUCAUAACACCUCAAUUUCUUGUAGUGAAAUUGUCACAAAUUCACAUUAAGUAUGGGAAGAAACUAUGGUAGACAUGGUAGAUAUUUAACUCUCUGUAGUAAAAGACUUUCUAAAAAGAAAAAAUUUGUUUUAAGGCGACGACGUAAAAGAGAGAUGAUGGAACAAGCAGCCUUAGCAGCCAACUAUAUCGCUAACAAUAUUAUUAAAAGUGAAUCCAUUGAGUCAAUAGACUCAUUCAUAUCACCUGAAGCAAUGGAGUCAAACUCAUUCAUGUCAUCUGAAGUAAUGGAUUCGAAAGAAAUGAACACUUUAGAAACGAACCUAGGUACAAAGCCAAUGAAUUCAAAAGAAAUAAAUACUUUAGAAACGUACUUGGAAACAAGGCCAAUGAAUUCGAAAGAAAUAAAUACUUUAGAAACGUACCAGGAUAUAAGCCCAAUGAAUUCGAACGAAAUAAAUACUUUAGAAACGUAUUUGGAAACAAGGCCAAUGAAUUCAAAAAUAAUGAAUACUUUAGAAACGUACUUGGAUACAAAGCUAAAUAAAGAUAUAUAUGAAAAUGUCCGAAUUUGUGAAGAAGACGACAUUCCAGGUAUAAAUCGUAUCCAAGAGCAUGAGCCUGAAGGUGAUCGUAUUAUCAAUAUUUCUUUCUUUAUGAAAGAGAUGCAUCGGGUAUUUGAUGGUCAUGCACCAGGAUUUGAGUGCAAAUUUAAAGAUUGGAUACUUAUAAAUUCACGUCGCCGAGGAUUACUGACACAGUUCUUUUAUAAGUGUCAAACCUGUAGUUAUGAAGCAAACUUUUGGUCACAUCCCACAGACAAAAAAGUCUUUCUCAUCAGUACGGCUAUUACAGCUUCCAAUCAAAAUUCAAAGAUUGGAAUUAAUGCUGAACUGAAAGAACAAUUUGCCGCUGUAAAUCUACCGUGUUUGAAUGGGAAAAUAGAUAUCAGAUAAGAUAUUUAUUAAUCAAUGAUAUCGAAAUGACGAACAUUAAAAAUAUGAAACUAACAGGAAAUUAAAAAGCAAUUCAAUCGAAGAGAAAUGAAGUAAUUAGUGGCAUUUGUAUUGUUGCGUCCGAAUGAUACGACUAUUAAGUUUGAGCUGUUCAAUGAAUGAAGUAUCCUUCGGACGAAUCGUUCUUUUUAAGAAUAGAUAUCAUGGUUACUAACUGGAACUUUGAUUCGGACAUAUGUAUGCUUCUCUGUAUUUGAAUUUAUACGUUCUUUGUUGUUUCCUCUACUGAAUGUAUCUUUUUUUUUUUUAGCGAAUUUAUCUCCAUACGUCCGGUUUCAAAUACUCACGAUCAUUUACACAGGUUGUAAUCUAUGUAAUAUAAACUUAUGCCAUAAUCCUGUAAGAAUUGAUCAAUUAUAGUCGAUUAUUCCUCUCUCAUUCAACUAUGAUCAAGUCUUACAGAUUAUGGUCAGUAUAAAUGAUCCUAAACUCACUGAAAUAUAAUAUUGAAACGCGCAUUUGCUGAUAUCGCAAUCCGAUAAAGAAGGUUCUAAAUGAUAUUUCUAUGAUAAAAGACAUCAUAUAUAAUAUUGAAACGCUAUCUCUCAUAUCACUUAACAAAGGCAAUAGAGGGUCGCGUGUUUCAGUAUAAUUAUAUUUCAGUGAUGUCACUUUAACUACAUAAUGUUGCUUUCCUUUUAGAACACAAUCGAUACUAUUUGUUUUAUUGAAUAAAUUUAUUGAAGAAGGAUAGAACAACGAUUGUGUAUCAAUCGUCUCCUAAAAGGAAAACAACCUAAGUAUAGAUUUUAAUUAAUAUUAACCUCGUGAGAUAUCAUAGGCCAAGAUGUAUUGCGACGCCGAACAGAAUUAAUUUUUGUAACGUAUUCUAUAGUGCUGUCUGUGAAAAAAGACUUUUCAUUUUUGUAUUUUCUGCGAAGAGGUAUUAAUUAGACAAAAAGGUAUAUAUACUAAGAUUCUAAAUAAUCAGAGAAUUGGUUUUGCGUCACGAUUUUUAAUCGAUGAUGCUUUUUAAUUAAAAGCCAUAUUAAUUGAACGUCAUUAUGUUGAAAAUUCGAUUCAGAUAAAAUAAUACUUCUAGAUGUAAGAAUAUAUGGUAUUCGCUCCCGAGAUGCGCAGUACUGAUCAAUCCAAGAGUUGUCCCAAAUGCAAAAAGCAUUAUGGCUUCUAUGAUCUGCGACAGAUUAAAAGUUGGUUUAUAAUAACAGAGAAAAACCUUUCUGAUAAUAGUAAUCUGUAAGUAUUGACUAAUCACCGUCAAAUGAGAGAAGAAUAAUUGAUUGAUCAAUUCUUACGGUAUAAGUUAAUAGAUUACGGUUAUUAAUCUCAAGUUAAGGAGUACUCCUGAGUAGUCACUUUAGCCAUAUUGAAUCGUGACGUCGUCAUAAGCGAGAAAUGACACGUUGAUUUUUCUUGCAUAUCAUUUAUAAAUAAAGAGAAUUUGGAUGAAACGAAAUGAUGAGAUCUAUUUAAAACACUUGUAAAAAUGAAAAUUAUCCUUAUCUCCCCUGACAAUAAAGAAUCGAAAAAAGUUCGUUUACGUAUCUUUUACGAUUAUUUACUGACUAUCAAAGGAGAUAAGGAUAGUUUUUCAUCCAUUUUUACAAGUGUUUUUACAAAUGUUUAUGACGUCAUGAUUUAAUAUAGUUGGAGUACUCUCAGUAGCCUUAAAUUAUAUAUUUCCACAAUGCUAUCGUGUCGCACUAUAUUUGAGGCUACAUUUCGAUUCACUAAAUUUGAUCCCACCAUCAUGCAUAAUGAAAUACCUUAUUCUUACAUCAUGUUCUUAGUGAUCGUCGGUUCUUGUAGUUGUACUUAUUUUCGCAAUGGUUCGUUUCGAAUUAAUUUCGGCAUAGGAACGGUGACUCGUGUUUAAAGAUCGAUAGGAGGAUAUAUUAAUUAUAAUUAAUACUCAUUUAAAUCCCCUUUACAUGUCUGCAUUCUCUCAGAAAAUACCAUAUAUUGUUUUUUAAUAGGGAUGGGCGACAUAUCGCCGAUACUUUGUCUUUUAAUUGAUGUACAUGAACAUUUGAACAGGAAUAUUAAUUUUUCGAUAUGAUCCGAUAAGUCCGUAUUUAGCCCGGAUUAAGAUCAGAAACUUAUUAUUUGUUACUUAUUAUACAUAUAUGGUAAGAAUACAAUAUAUAAUAAUA